AGAAUACCCCGGGGCAGCGCAGCCCUUGAAUGAGUUUGAUUUCUUUAAAAUAAUGCACCCCUGAGCUUCCAUAACUUCUCCGCUCAGCAUCAUGGCGGAAAAUCAGCCCGGAAAAACCCUCUCUUCUUCUGCCGCCGGCACCCCCACUAAUCCGCGCGGCAUACCCACCGCUCCCUUCGUCGACGAUGUCACUGACUAUGUCUCCACGCGCGCCGAUGUCGAGCCCACACUCCGCUCUUUCCAGGAGAUGAUAUCCAAAUACCAAUUCAUGGAGCUCAACACGCAGCGACGUGCGCAGGGACUGAAAGAUAAAAUCCCGGAUAUUACAAAGACCCUGGAAACCGUGAAGUUCCUAAGUGCUAGGAGGAAGGCCGAAUCUUCGAUCCCUAUCGAAACCGCCUUUGAGCUCAACGACACGCUGUAUGCUCGCGCAACCAUCGCUCCAGAGAACACCAGCGAGGUAUACCUCUGGCUCGGAGCUAACGUAAUGCUCGCGUAUCCUAUCAACGAGGCUCAAAAGCUACUUGAAGACAAGCUACGGGUGGCGCAGUUGAGCCUAGGGAACUGCGAGGAGGAUCUGGAAUUUUUGCGGGAGCAGAUCACGACUCUUGAAGUCGCGACUGCGCGCGUAUACAACUGGGACGUAAUGCAAAAGCGAAAAGAGAAAGCAGAAGGGAAGGGAGAGCACGAGAAGAAAAUUCCGGAUGAGUGAUAAAAGGGAAAUUAAUUAUCAACACGUACAUGGAUAUGUGAACAAAAACGAAGUUAUUUGGUUUAGACACACAAAAUUGGGGUGGGUAAAUUAAUUACUACAUCCUCAGCGGAACAAGAAUCAGGGCAAGGAGAUGCAGCAACUUCGCUGAAAUGCUCUAUUUGGCCUAAUAAAUAAACCCGGUGCGGAACUGACUAUGUAUUGUUUCGGUUGUGGAGUUGAAAGAUCAUCAUAUAUCUGUGGAGUAGCUACUCUGCCCCG